UGAUGUGGCUUAUGGGGAGAGGCAUCCUCUUAUGGCUAUGGACAGUUUAGGUCCACAAUCUAUGGCGUACGAGAUUGUGCGGAUAGUACUUAGUGGAUUGGGUGUUGAGCUUCAAGGAGGAGUUGGAGCGCGUGACAUGAAUGAGACGAAUGUGGUUGCGGAGUCGAAGUCGGAUGAGGAACAAAAUGUUGCACAAAGGCGAAGGGGCCCUAGGGAUAACCUUAACCCAUAUCAGAGGAGGAUGUUGAGGAGGGGUCAAGGCAGUGUUAAUGUUGGGCAUGAAGAAGAAGGUGAGGAGAUUGGUCGGUAAAGAGGGA